UACCUUGGUAAGGUAGACAGUACAAUAAAAAUCUGAGACAAGAAACACCUACAGAAUUAAAGAUGGAGAAGGAAAAGUAAAAGAAGAUGAAGGGUCACAUAGUAACAGUGUGCGAGAAACGAUUUCAACCUGAAAGACUUUCAAUAUAUGAAGGAGAGGUUAUUACUUUCCAACUAGAAGAUUUAACAUCAAAAGUUGGACAACAUGAGAUAUACCAAGUAUACAGAGACAGAGAUACUUGUUUACGUGUUGAUGGUGGUUUUGCAAGUGAGCAACCAAUUGUAACACUCGGAACAUGGAGUCAAGAAUUAAAUCUAGCAAGAGAUUAUUAUUUCAAAUGUGGUGAUAAUCCUUUGCUAAAAAUAGUUGUCAACCCAAAGCCAGUUCAUGUUGUGAAAGUAACAGAUGAAGGCUUUGCAGGGGCAGUAGUUCGUCUCUACAAAGGGGACACGGUUCGCUGGACAUGGAAAAAUUGCAGCGAACGACAUAAUAUAACUGAAAGACGGUAUUGUAUGGACCAUGGUGGUUACCAAGCUUUUGAAAGCCGUCAAGAACCAUCUUACAAUGGAACUUAUUUUCAAACAUUUAAUAUUCCUGGAAUAUAUUUUUUCCAAACACAGUCGAUAAAUGUGGAAAGAGCAUUUUGCGUUGUACAGGUGGUCGAAAAAUCAAGAGAGCACAUUCUUGACAUCAAAGACAUUGGGUUCACCCAUGCACUCUAUGAAAUACUUGCUGGAGAUCGAGUCUGGAUACACUGGAGGCAAAGCAAGACAUCAUCUACUACUAUGCAUUCAGUUUUAGUCAAAAGGAUUUGUGAACUUGGUUUACAACUAGACAUAGAAGAAGAUAACGUCAUUGCAGAAGAUUCAUACCCUGCUCGUCCAGCUGGUUUAUUCUCACAAAUGUUUGUUAAUCCUGGUAUCUACGAAAUCUUAGAUGGUGAAAGACCACAUUUAAAAUGUGUUUUGAUUGUGAAACCAGCACCAAAGCAACAUGUUGUGAAAAUAACUAACGAAGAAUUUGUUCCUGCACUUGGAUCAGUGAUGCAGGGAGACAGAAUUUGGUGGACUUGGAAUGGCAUGGAUAUAAAAGACGACUUUAAGUUACUCAAGAUCAAACAAGAUGAGUUUGGUGAAAGCAAAAAAGAUCCAUCUUGUUGUCUUACACCAGAACCAGUAUUUGAAACUAUUUUAAAAACUGUUGGUGUAUAUUCUGCUGUGUUAGACCAGUGUGGUCUUGAAACGUUCACCUCUUCUGAACUUAAAAAUGGCAAUGCUGAACAGAAAUAUUGUUGUCUUGUAUCACAGCCUGCAGCUAGACAUCAUGAAGUAAAGUUAAAAGAAACAGGUUUUUCUCCAACAUCAGUUCAAGCCAAACAAGGUGAUAUUGUAUGGUGGAAAUGGACAGGAACUAAAUCUGUAACUGGCUUGGAACAGGUAAGUGUCAGUGAUGAGCCGUUAGAGUUCUCAGAGAUGGACUGUCCAAUGCAAGAACGUACUGGUGCUUAUAUGAUGAAGUUUGAUGAAACAGGAACCUACAACUUUAGAAGUAUUGGCACUACAAACACAUUACACAUGGCAGUAAUUGUUGAAUUAAAAGAAGAAGUCAUAAAGGUUCAAGUGUCGCCAAAAGGGAUAAGACCUGAUCCUGUUGUUGCACGCACAGGCGAUAUUAUAUGUUGGAUGUGGCCAAAAAAUAUAUUAAGUUCUAUUGCUGAAUUUAAAGAAGAGGAAGAAGAGGAUGAGAAUGUAUUAUUCACAUCCAGACGAUGUCAUAGUCAACGUUUCACAUCACCCGGUGUGUACCACUACACAUGUGUGUCAUUAACAAAACAAGACAAAUAUUCAGAAUAUGCACCAGACGAUGUGUGGAGUACAGUACUUGUAGAUACCUCUGCAACUGAUACUAUCAUUAAGGAUGUGGACCCAAAGUUGUUCAGACAAGAUACAAUACAUAUUAUCAAAGGAAAAGACAUUCUGUUUACAUAUAACAAAGAUAGUGAAGACACAUGGCAAUGGUCGAUUACAAGACAAGAUAAUGGAGAGCUUAUUGAUAUUGGAAAUAUCUUCAUUCCACAAACUGGAAGAUUAUUUUCCUUCAUGGAAAUAGGUGUUUACAAAGUUGACGUAAAGUCAUCAUACGGAAAAUAUGAAUGCGCUGUUCAUGUUGCAGAAUCAGAUGAGGAGACAGCAGUGCCAGAAAUCAUAUCAAAGAGAAAUGGUGGCAAUGUAAGAGAAGGACACACAGUCUUCUUAUCUGCUGAUGCAGAUGAUGCCGAAGUCUAUUACACUACUGAUGGUACUACACCAAUUGCGGGUGAUCCUAACACAAAGAGGUACAGUGCAGAAGAAGGAGUGAAACUUGAACAUCCAGGUCUGUUGUUUGUAAGAGCUGUAGCAAUGAUCAAAGGGAACUUGCCAAGUAAAGUUUUAACAUCGAGACGGUUUUGGGUUAUGCCACCCGAGUACUUAUCAACAACAGCUUCUUCGGGAGAUGAGGUGGUUUUGCAACGUCAACACAAGUCCAGCAAAGAAUUACUUAACGAUGAAUUAUCAGAAAGACAUUCGUCAAAGAAACUAAACGAAGAAAGUUCAGUUGAACCAAAGUCGUAUGUUAUUAAACAAAAAGAACACGUUGGAGCUAUGGAUAAAACAGGGAAAAUUGUUGCUAUUACUUCAUCUAAAUUCAAACCCGAUUCUGUCGUGAUAUUUGAAGGAGAAUCCAUAACAUUUCAGCUUGAACCAGAAGCAGAGCAUUUGAUAAAUUAUCCAGUACAACAAGUUUACAAAAACAAAGGUCACUUACAAGAGGUUAUAGGAGGCUUUCAUAGCAGUAACGUUUUGCAAGCAACUCAAACAUGGACCCAGGAAUUCAGUUUGGCAAAUGAUUAUUUGUUCCAAUUUGCGUCGCACAAACCUUUAAAAGUUGUCGUUAAACAAAAACCUUUUACUGAUAUUAAUGUGACAGACAAAGGAUUUUCUAAGCCUAUGAUACGUCUAUACAAAGGAGAUACUGUGAGAUGGGUUUGGAGUCGUUGUGCUAUUGCUCAUACAGUUGUCGAAUCAACUUACUGUGUCGUUCAUGGUGGAUAUUCUAUUGUCCAGAAGGGUGGAAACCCACUUCGCAGUGGAACAUACUUUAAAACUUUUUCACAACCUGGUAUUUAUUACUUUAUGACGGAAAUAGUUGGAGAGGGUAAUCAUAAUGCAACUUGUGUUGUGCAAGUUUUGGAGAAAAAACGAGAACACUUUGUUGAACUGAAAGAUGGUGGCUUUUCCCAUGCAAUGUUUGAUAUUUCCAAAGGGGAGAGAGUAUGGGUUCAGUGGAAAGCUGGAUCAAAAGAACCAAACCUGGACUCUCAUUCAAUAACUAUUAGAAGAAUUUGUCAACCAGGAAUACCAGAUAGUGCUGAUAUCAGUGAUAUUAUGCUAGAUGAUGCCAGUGAACCUUCAGCUUCAGGUGUACUUGCGUAUGUUUUCCAAGAUGUUGGUGUGUUUGAAAUAUGUGAUAAGGAGUCACCAGCAGUGAGAUGUGUCGUGGCUGUAAGAGCAACAAAUCAACAACAUGUUGUUAGAGUUUCGAAACAAGAAUUCAUGCCAGCUCUUGGAUCUAUCAAUGUUGGUGAUAGAAUUUGGUGGACAUGGAGAGACACUGAUGUAGAAGAGAAUUUCUUACUUUCGAAAGUUACAAACACAGCAGCUGAUAAAGACAUGAAAAAAGAUUGUUGUACACUAGACAAAUCGUUUCUUCAAAGCGUAACACAAGCUGGUGUGUAUUCCUGCGUGAUGACCAGUAGUGGUUUGGAAACUUACAAGUCAUGUUUAGAUGAGAAAAGUGAUGAUGUGAAGUGGUGUUGCUUAAUCAGCCAACCGUUUCCUAAGCAUUACGAGAUCAAAGUUAAAGAUACUGAAUUCGUUCCACAUGCUUUAAAAGUAUCAAAGGGAGAUUUUAUUUGGUGGAAAUGGCACAAUACCAAAUCAACAAACAGUAUAAAACCUAUUGAGUUUUCCAAAUUACAAGAGAAACGACUACCCAUUGACUGUCCUGUACAGUUAAAUAAUGGUGCAUAUGUCAUCCAAAUGAAUCAAACUGGAACAUUUGCAUUUCAGAGUAUUGGCCCAGAGCAGAAUCCAGUUGGUUCCAUCAUUGUGAAUUCUGAUCCUGUUCUUCACAAACUGCAAGUAACUCGAAAGAGAAUACAACCUGACCCAGUUGUGGCAUCAGCGAAUGAUAUUGUAUGUUGGAUGUGGCCCAAAGGAGUAGCUAGCUCUUUAGUGCCCUUUGACGAAGAUCAUGAAACUGAAGAAGAUGAGAUCUUGUUUUCAGCUAGACGUUGCUUUGGUCAAGUUUAUCCAACGAAAGGAGUCUACCACUACAACUGUUCAUCCCUGACAAAACAAAUGAGUGAAGAAUCUGAUUAUGCUCCACCCGGUAUCUGGAGUACUGUUCUCGUUGAUACAACUCGAGAUCAGUUCAUAUUAAGUUUAAUGAAUCAGACAUCAAGACAUGCGUCUAUUAACAUCGAGAAGGGUAAAGAGGUUUUGUUUAACUAUUCAUCUUCAAAAGAAGAUGCAUGGAAAUGGACAGUAACUAGCAAUGGAGAGGUAAUUCCAAUUGAAAACAUGUUCCUUCCACAUACCGGAAGAGUGUUUUAUUUUGCUGAUGCUGGCAUCUUUAAUGUAUUAAUUCAGUCAAAACACAGUUCGUUUGAAUGCAUGGUGUAUGUAGCUGCCACAAGUGAAAUAAUAAAAUCUCCAGCGAUUGCUACCAAUGAAAUGGACGGUGGAAGUGUUGAAAUAGGUCAUACUAUUCACCUGACACAUGAUGUUAAAAAAGCUGAAAUUUAUUACACAACAGACGGCUCAAUUCCAACUUUAUUGUCGAAACAAACAAAGAUUUACAACCAAAGAGAAGGAAUUAGCCUCACGCAUGGAGGUAUUCAAUUCAUCCGAGCAAUUGGGAUGUUACCAGGAAAAUUGCCAAGUCCUGUUUAUACAUCAAGUCGAUUCUACGUGCUUCCACCAGAAACUCCAUUACCCACAAAGUCUCUACCUGAGAAAGUUGCAACAAUUGAGGAAGAACAGGAAACAAUAGAGUUGCCUAAGUUGGAAAAACAAAACGAUUUAGUUCGUAAGGAUACAUAUGUUGUACAAGAGAUGAAACCAGUAGAUAUGACGGAAGUUAAAGAAGAAACAAUACCUGUUGUUGAUUCAAGCAUUGAUUACAACGUUGCAGUAUCGAGGAAGGAAAUUACUGAGCAACAUAUCAAUGAAGUGACUGUUCACGUUGAAACAAACAAUUCCUUCACUGCGGUUAUUACGGAUAGUGAAGAAGAAAGGCAACCUGAACAGAUUGUUUCUGUUGAAGCACAAUCUAACACACAAGAUUAUGAGACUGGGAAAGAAGUAGCUGUGCAGUCAAAUAUGUCCCAUAUUGCAGCUAUUACUGAUAGCGAAGAAGAGAAAUUAAGCGAUGUUUCAAGAACAAGUAAUAAGCCAUUACAAGUGGAUGAAAGCACAGAAGUUGUUAAUGAAGUGGUCGUUCAUAAGGAGUCUGAAACCUAUCUUGUUACAGUAACUGACAAUGAGGAAGAGAAACGUUCUGAAUACACAGACAGCAGCCAAGCAGCACAGAGCAAAAAGAAAAUUCAAGGUAAUGAAACAACAGAAGUUGUAAAUGAAGCAAUUUUUUGUGUGGAACGAGAAAAUUUACAUGCUGCCACCGUAACAGAUCACGAAGAAGAAGCUGAUUAUGUAUCGCCUAUUAUGCAAGACAUUACUACUACUAUCACACAAGGACAUGACGUCAUUGAUGAAGUCAGAUCUGAAAAAUCAGAUGUUGAGAUGUCAAAUAUACCAUUAAGGGAGAAGCAACCAGAAGCAAUUGUGUUUGUUGAAGCGAAACCAAUUAAAGUUACUCUCAUUAAAGCUGAUGUUGAACAAAUGAGUGACUGCAAUUUAGUUGUAGCCCAACAUAAUAAUUUAGCAGACGACAUUUCAAGCUGGCAAAAAAAACGGUUGGAUUUAUCUGAAAGCCGAGAGGAAUUUUUUCAGAAAGAUGAAGAGAAACUACUUUCAGAUGUAAAAGAUGCUAUAAUACGCGAGCAGACAUUGCUAUGGAAACAGCAGCGAGAUAAGCUAGCUCCGAAAAGAAAGGCAUUUUUGAUGGCAGAUACAUCUUUGGAAACACCAGCAACUGAUGAAUUGAGUAGUGAAUCAACUAUCACUGAACAAGCUGAGAAUAAUGAUCAGAAAAAAGACACAAUUAGCAUUAGUGAAGAAAAUAUUGCUCCAGAAAAUCAAAAUCAUGAUCAGUUAGCAGAAGAGAAUCAUCCUGAAUUACAUGAAGCAAGCAAACCUCUUAAUAGUUCAGACGAAACACACGACUCUGUGUAUCAAAUAGAUCCCAAUGUUGUUUCAGCGAGUCCUGCUUUUGUGAAGGAAGACAGCCAAUCUUCACUUGUUGAAGAAGAUCAUGUUCCUGAGGACAAUGAUGUGGUUAGUGAAAAUAAAGAGGUUAACAGGGAUGAUAAAGUGAAUGUAAUUCAAAAUGAACGAUUGCCUCUACAUAUAAGAGACAGUGUGUUAGAUCGUGCCUUUGAGAAACUUGAACGACAAAGCACUGGGAGCUAUUCAACAAAAACAAGUGUCAUUCAAGAGGAGCGUUUACCAUUACGAGUCACAGAGAACGUAUUAAAUGCUGCAUUUGAAAAUCUUGAAAGCGAGGAACCUGCAAUGAAUAAGUCUGUUAGAGUUUCUAAACCCAGCAUAAUCCAGGAAGAAAAAUUGCCAUUGCAAGCGAGGGAGAGUGUUGUGAAUCGUUGUUUUGAAAGUCUUGAAGAAAAGCCAAAAACUGCAAAAGCUAGUGUGGUGACUGAAGAACGAAUUCCAUUAGAGACCAGAGAAAGUGUAAUAACUCGAGCAUUUGAUCAUCUUAAUGAAGCUGUACAAGCAGCUAAAAAACAAAUAAUUGAUGCUGAUGAAGAGAUUUCAAAAUCUGGCAAAGAAGAAGGAUUUACAACAUCUACAGAUAAAGAUACGACGAAUGAUGCUAAACCUUCUGAGCGUGAAAAUCAUGAAAGUGAUGUUAUUACAGAAGUUGAAAAUGUGGAAAAUGAAUAUUCAAGCAACAGUGACGCACAAUCAACAGAAACUGAAAAGAAGGAUGAGAAUGGUCCAAUUGGAUCUGAUCGACCCUUAUCUGCAAAAACAUUAGAACAAAUAAGGUCACAAGCCUUAAUGAGUCACCCUGACCUGUCAAUUUCACCUAAUACGAUGGAGAAAAUUCAAUCUGAGGUUUUUGUGCAGCAUUCUAAGCAAAAUGUAUCAAAUGGUGAGCGACCCUUAUCAGCUAAAACUUUGGAAAGUAUACGAGCUGAGGCAAUGGUAGAACAUCCUGAUCGACCAUUGUCAGCAAAGACUUUGGAUAAAAUACGAGCUGAAAACUCAGUAGAAGAUGUUGAUAACGUAAACACAGAGAACAGUGCGGGUAGUCCCCCUAUCCAUGUUAAUUCAGUUCGUAGUAAAAGUGAGAACUCAUUAAUCCGAAGAAAUACAUUUCCUAUUGCUCAGUCAACGCCAAAACCUAUUUUUCCAAGGAAUAGAGCUGAAACAAUGCAACAGAAAGAUGGUCUACACAGCAGCAAUGGUGGUGUGGAUGGAACAACUGACAUUGCAGAAGUACGCGAGCUGAACAACUCUGACUAUGCAGAGAAAGGUAAAAUUAGUUCAAAUAGCGCUUUGGUAGAUUCUGGAAUUGUUGAUGAAACAAUAGAAGACACAACUUUUAUAAACCAAGAACAAGAUCCUCCUGAAACAAAUAUCACGCAGAGAAAACCUAGCGAAGUGAGACCAUUAGGAGAAAAUGAAGGUUUUAAUGAUGAUGGUGGUGACGAAGAGGAAGAGAAACGUGUCAGUCAAUUGAGCCGACACAGUUCUCUAGUUUCACGUAAGUUUUCUGAGAGAUUCUGCGAUUCACCAGAUAGUGAUGAGAGUGAGAUAAAAACUCACAUCACGUUAAAAGACGCAUCAGAUGGACCAGUUACUAAAGCGUAUGUUUUCAAUAAAGAAAAUAAUCCAAAAGAUCGUGUCGCUUCGUUGAAGUCCAUGAAAUUUGAUACUGAAGAAUCACAACAGACUGAUUCACAUCCUUCUCAAGAGUUGUCGUCUGAUGUUAAUCAUAGUUUAAAUCUAAAUACAUUGCAAUCUACCAACAUUGAAUCAGACAGUGAUGUCCUCCCAAAAGAUACUUCGUAUUCUGAUUCAGUCAACAACACAAGCGAUGAUGAGCAUUUGUACCCAAAACUUCCUCCAGAUAAUUUUAAAGACACACAGCAGUUACGAACUCCUACGCAGAGUGUUCAAGGAGAAACAUCUGCAGGAUCCUUUACUGAUACAUCAGUUCCACCAAGUGACGAGGAGGGUGUUAUAGCAUAUCAACGUAUACACCCAGAUGAGUUUAGAGGAAGCAGUAGAAUUAAUUUCUUACAAACACCCAACGAUGGAGUUUUUGAUGAUGAAGUCUCCUACACUGAUACCUCGUAUUCAGAAGCUGAAGGUAUCAUCCGAUAUCAAAGGUUACCACCAGAUGAUUUUAAAUCCUCACUGAGACAAACUCAACCAACAAAGGAACACUAUAAACCUUUAGGCUAUCAAGACCAACAAAUAGGGCGUUAUUCUGGGUUAAAGUCUGUGGACAUGAGCAACAAAGAUUAUAGUGAAGACGAUCGACGAGCUUCUUUGAAGCCGUACAAUAUUCAUACAGAUAAAGAUUCUAUCACACAGGAUGUGGAAGACACUCGCCAUCAAAGACUACCAUCAGAAGAUUUCAACACUCAUUCAAGAGCUUCAGUCGCAACCAUGCCGGCAUCCCCCAUCAUUACUGAUCGUCAACCACAAAAAUAUACCAUUGAUAAAAAAUUUAAAGAGGGAUUUAAAAUGAAGAUCAGUGGUCGUUUUGUAAAAAUAACAGACACGAAAUUCGUUCCUGAUCGUUUGGUGAUUUUCGAAGGUGAAGCCAUUACAUUCAAACUUGAAACAUCAGAAGAAAACACACAAGAGAAGAAAGUUCAACAGGUAUAUCGCAGCAGUGAGUCUGUUCUUCCUGUUGAUGGUGGCUUUGUCAGUGAUGAUGCCUUUGCUACACUCGGAGCCUGGACCCAAGAAUUUAAUCUUGCUCGUGAAUACCACUUUAAAUUUGGCAAUCAUCGUCCAGUGAAAAUAACAGUGAAAACAAAACCUGUCAUGGAUGUCAAGGUGACUGAUGAUGGAUUUAGUGUUGCUGUUAUAAAAUUGUAUAAAGGAGAUACAGUUCGUUGGAGUUGGAAAAAUUGUGAAGAAGCACACAAUAUUGUUGAAAGGAGAUACUGCUUAGAACAUGGUGGAUAUGUAACAUUAGAAAAUCGUGAAAAUUCUCGCUACACAGGAAAUUACUUUCGAACAUUUGACACACCUGGUAUUUACUUCUUUGCUACGCAAUCGUACAAUGAUAGCAGGGCAUUUUGCGUCGUUCAAGUGCUUGAGAAAAACAGGGAACAUAUUGUUAAUGUGAAGAAUGAUGGAUUCACAAGAAAAAUGUUGGAAGUCACUUCAGGUGAUUUGGUGUGGAUACAUUGGAGACCAAGCAAGUCUUCUUCCACUCUUCCACAUUCGAUUGGCAUUCGACAAAUUUGUAAACUGGACGAUGCUCAACAGGAUGAUAUAUUGCCUUACAAAGAUUCCUACCAACCACGGAAAGCUGGUUUACUCGCGCACACAUUUGUUAAAACUGGUGUUUAUGAAAUUUAUGAUCAAACAAGACCUGAAAUGAAAUGUGUGAUUAUAUGCAAAGAAGCACCAAAGCAGCAUGUUGUACGAAUCAAGAAAGACGAGUUUUCACCAGCCCUUGGUUCUGUUAGUGAAGGCGAUCGUAUUUGGUGGGUUUGGCGAGAUGCAGAUAUGAAAGAAGACUUUGCAUUGUUACAGCUAAAAGAAAAUGAUGAAUUGGGUACGAAAUCUGUGACACCAAUGCGGGAUUGUUGUACAGAAUCUGAGGAAACAUUUACAAGCGUGUUGCGUGCAGUUGGCGUGUACUCUACCGUAUUAUCACGAUGUGGCUUGCAAACAUUUACUGCUUCACUUUGCAGUGAUGUUGAAAAUGAGAAAUGGUGUUGUUUGAUCACACAACCCACUGUAAAGCAUCAUGAAAUCAAGGUACGCGAUGAUGGUUUUGUAACAUCUGCGAUGAAGAUUUGUAAAGGAGAUGUUGUAUGGUGGAGAUGGAACAACACACAAACUGUGCGAAAAGUAUUGCAGGUUGGAUUAUCACACGCAGGAAAUAAAUUGUGUCCAUUGAUCGACUGUCCAGAGCAAUUAUCAACAGGUGCUUUCAUGUAUCAGUUUACAGAACUUGGUACUUAUGAGUUUCAAAGUGUUGGUCCUUUAACAAGUGGGGUAGCUUCGAUAGUGGUAAAGCCAGGUGUUCAGGUUAAAAAGUUACAAGUGACAUCAAAGAGGGUUGUUCCAGAUCCUGUCAUAGUGUCAGUGAAUGACAUUGUUUGCUGGAUGUGGCCGAAAGGAACGGCCAGUGCACUUUCACCAUUUGACGAAAACAUUCCCUUGGAAAGUGAUGACGAACUGAAUUUUUCCUUAAGACGUGCACAUGGUCGACGUUUUGUUCAUCAAGGUGCUUCACAUUUUACAUGCGCUUCUGUUCCAAACGCCAAACUGGACAAACCUUCACACGUCUCUGAUGGGGUAUGGAGUACAGUGUUAGUAGACACAACCGUUGAUGACUACAUCUAUUCACUGAAUAACAAUGUGAAAGAUUAUCAACAAGCUAGCAUACAUAUCUCAAGAGGCAAGGAAGUUUUGUUUACGUAUGCGUUCUCUAAACCAGACAACUGGAAAUGGAAUGUCACAAGAAUUUCUGAUGGUCAGAACGUGGACAUUGAAAAUCACUUCUUACCAAACUGUGGUCGUGUAUUUUACUUCUAUUAUGCUGACACAUACAUUGUUGAAGCUGAAUCUGAAACAAACAAGUGGGAAUGUGUUGUCCAUGUAGCUGAAUAUGAUGAUAUAACUAAUCCACCAACACUUUCUAUUGAAGUACCCAAUGGCGGACGUGUCAAUGUUGGACAGAAGGUGUUUUUGACGCACGAAGAUGAUGAAGCAGAGAUGUAUUUCACAACUGAUGGAUCUGUACCAAAAAUUGGUGCUACAUCAACUGUGCCUUACGAUCCUGUGAAUGGCAUCUCAUUAGAAAAAGGUGGUAUUAAAUUUGUACGCGCAUUUGCGAAAUUGAAACAACGAAAACCCAGUGUGGUAUUUACAUCAAAGCGAUAUCUUGUGAUGCAGAAUGACACACCUCCAACUUCACCAGAGCUUGAAGAAGAUGAUAAAGUAGAACAAGUCACAGAACAAGCGAAGCUCAACGAGCACGGUGAACAAAACACAGAACAAGAGGAAAUUACAAUGAACACUGAAGAAUCAUAUGAAGGUGAAAUAAAAGAAGUAACCCCAGAGAAAACAGAUGAUUUCGUUAACAAAGAACAUUUGCAAAUUAGCAAUGAUGAUAUUGUGUCUGGGGACGAUUCGAAAGCCAGUACUCAAGUUAACGAAAAAGAAAAUCUAACAGUUGGCGAUGUAUCUGAUAAAAACAUUGACACAGAGAAUAAAGUACAGAGUAAAAACACUGAACAACUCAAUACUGAUAUCCCUGAUGAUUGUAUAGUUUGUAAACGACAAGACCCAAGCUUCAUUGAAGAAUUUAUUGUGGAAGAUACACCUGCUCAAGAAUACAGAAACGAUGAAGCAUUGGAUAUACAUGUUGAUAAUCUGUUCAAAUACAUUUCUGAAAAAGCGAGAGAAAAAGAACAAGAGGAAUGUAUAAUUUGUCGACGAAACGAUCCUAACUUUGCUGAGAAAAUUAUUGUGGCUGAUACACCUGCGCUAGAAGUAACGAUAACUGAUGUUUAUAAUACAGAAGUGCAACAUAAAAACGAUCAUGUGUUGCCGGAAGACAUUAAUUCCCCCUUGAAUGAUGGAAAUCAAAUUGAAAAAGAAGCAGGAAAGGAAGAUGAACAGGGGGUAACGCAUGACUUACAUCAUGAAUAUUCAACUGAUAUUACAAAAGAAGACAGUCAAUUAACUCAUAACGAGGUUGUUGCGAUUACCGAGAACAAGAAAUUGUUUUUUGAUCAUUUGAAUGAUCAUUCCAGUGUAGAUAGUGAAGAUAGGUUACGGAGUGAAUCAAUUCGUGAUGAUGUUACUGAUAUCAGCGAAGUCUCAGAUGUGUUUGCUGGAACGCACACUGUACAAAAUGUAAAUGUUGUUGAGACAAAUGAAGAAGAAGAAGGUGAUGAUAUUCACACGCUUAAAGAAGAGACAUCCGCCGUUGUUAUUGAGGAAAAUAUAAUUGUAGAAAAGAAAUCAGAUCAUGCAGAAACAGAGCCUAGUGGGCUGAUCGAACCUGAGCAGAAAGAUUUGAUUAGUGAUGAAGAAGUGAUUGAAAUUGUUACUAUUGUUGACCAGCAGAAGGUUAAGGAGGAAGAAAUUGCAGGUAAAGAAACAGAUGUAACAAUGGGAGAUGCAAAUGAAGAAGUUAAACAACAUUAUGAAGAAUUAUCGGUUUUUAUAUCGGAACUUGAAUCAACAAAAGAAAAUAUUGAAGCACUCCCUGUUGCUAGCGAAGUUGUUAAGACUCCUGUUGAUGAACAAUCUGAAGUGGAUGACGUAGAAUCUAUUGAUUCAGAAGCGGAGCGUGAAUUUGCAGAUUUUACAAAUAAAGUCAGAAUAGAUGACGAACUGAAGAAUGAUGAAACUGUUCAGUCGAUGGCAGAAGAAGAAUGUUUGACACCUGGUAAGGAUGAUGAAAAUUCUGUAGAGGCUGUGCCACUAGAGGAAGAUUUGAGAGAUGAAUCCCUUCUCCACGAGUCUGCAGGACAGGGAGAAAAAAGCCUUGCAAAUACUGGCGAAGAGAACACAGAUAGUGCAAAACCGGAUGAAAGUGCAGAAUUUAUACAACUAUCUGAAGAAAAGACAAAAUUAGAAAAUAGAGGGGAAGUUACAGAUGUUGCCCAAUCUGAAGGCAGUUUUGAAGUUGAAGAGCUUGAUAAAAAAGAUUGUGCUGAUACCGAAGCCGUGGAAGAGGAAGGAGAUGUCGAACAAAACGGAAAAGAAACUUUGCAACAAGAAGGAAAAGAACCAAUACCUGUGGAUGAUAAAGAUGGCCCAGAAGAAUCCAUCCAGAAGAUUAAUGAAAAAUGCACAACACCAGCAGAUGGUGGUACCAAAACUGAAGAAAUUGAACAGAAUGAUUUGGUGGUGAGCGAAGUAAAAAUCAGGGAGGUCGAAAACGUAGAAAAUGACAAACUAAAAGACAUUAAAGUAAAAGACAACGAUGAGGAAGACAGUAUUGUGGAGAUCGAUGAAAUGAAGGAAAACGAAGAAAAAGGCGUUGAAAUAAACGGCGUCAAAGUGGAGACAGUUGACGAAGUGAAAGACGACGAAAUAAAACAAAAAGAUGUAGAGGGUGAAAACCAGGAAAAUGAGGAAUUGGAAGAAUACGGCAUGAAAGGCAGCAAUGUUGAAACCAACAAAAUAAAAGACGACGUAAUGAAAGAAGUAGAAAAAGUAGAAGAGGAUUUACAAACACUAAAUGGAGAAGUUGUUAAACAAGAAGAAGAUGAACGCUCUAACACACAAAAAAUUGCAGAUAGUGAGCAAUACCAAGCCAUACAACAAACGGAUGAGAAAACAGAUUCUGAAGAAAUAACACCAGCAGAUCAUUCAGAUGUUAAAAAUCCAUCAGAUAGCGAAUGCUCUGACGAUACUACUGAAGAAGUCGCAUUGUACCCUGUACCAGCAAUCCUGGUAAAACACACUGAUUUAUUUGAACUGGAUACUGGUCAUGCUAUAACAUCUGCUAUACAUGGUUAUUAUCAACCAGUAGUUUACACAUCUGAAACGACUGCAACCCACGGUUAUUUCGAAGUUGAUCAUGGAAAAGCAAAGGUAAGAAAUGCUAGAGAAGAUACUACUGAGCUUGAUGACACACAACAAGAAGUGGAAACGGAAGAACUUCAAACGUCCCAACCGGUGGAAGAUUUAACCACAGAUUUGACCACGGAUGACAUAUCUGAGCAAGAUAUAACGCUUAAAGAGGAGAGUUCAGAGGAGACACUAGUUCAUGUGAAAACGAAAAGUGAUAAUGAAGGUGAAUCAGGACCAGAUACAAACUCAUUUAACCAAGAGUGGCAGAUAUACGAGUGGACGAAAUGCAUUCCGUACAUUCGAGCAUCCUUUCCCAAUCCAAACACGAUUAACAUUGAGUGGCCACACAACCAUGAUAUGAAUGUUGAUCUUGUACACGGAUACUUUCUGUACGUUGACGGUGUUCCACGUGGUUCAAUUUUUCCUGCUCAAUGUCAAUCUAUCAGUGCAUCUGGCCUUAAAGGUGGAAAGUCGUAUGAAGUUGGUGUUGUGGUUUUUCCAAAAGAUAAAGAGUUGUAUGAACCAGCAAUGUCAAACGUUUUGUUUAUAACAUGCCCAAGUGUGAGCGCUGAUGGCGGACCUGUGCUGUCAAUUUCUUGCACAAAGGAACCAGGCCAACUGUUCCUGUCAUGGAUGGCAGGUUUUCAUCCGGAUAAGAAUGCUGAAAGUUUUCAAGUACUGCUAAACAAAGAUGUUAUCCUUGAUCAGGUUAAACCAGAAAACAGCGUCGAAGAAUAUUGUAUUUGUCAACUAAAAGGAUUGGAAACUAGUAAACCAUACCAAAUCCAAGUUCGAUCAUUUAUAAAAGAAGACGACCAAAUUGUGUAUUCGAACAAGGUCGCCUGUACUAUCCCCUUCCCAACCUCUUCUACAUCCUACUCAACUGAGACUGAAGAGGCUGUUGUACCAGAAGUUUACUUACAACUUGCAGAUCAACCUACGGAUGAUACUGACCAGAUAGUUGCAGAUGGACCUAAUGAUACAGCGGGUCAACUUAAAGCUGAAAUAGUAGAAGACACUGUUGAAUCAUUGGUAGUGGAUGCAGACGAUAUAUUAUUGAUCACUGAGGGAGCAGUUUCCUGGCAUCCGACUGUAAGUGGACGAACAUCACAAGUGAGUAGAAAGAGUUCCACACUCGACACAAUACCUGAAUCUGAAACAACAGCAGAAGAGUUGACACCCAGGGCUAAAGUUGAAGAAAAAGAACUAGCCUACUACGACGAUCAGUAUAAAAAGAAGUUAGCAUUAAUCUCAAAAGAUCUGGUAGCUGAAUUGAUUAACAUUUCACUUCAUGAAUUAAAUGCCGAGUCGAGUACAGACGUUAGUGUUAAAUCUGAUGCAGUUUCAUAUCUUCCAGAAGACGAAAUCCAACAGAAUGUCUUGAAUGUAAUUGAUGUUGUUGCAGAAGAAGAGAAAGAAGUUUUGAAAGAAGAACAAGAAAAACAACUACAACAACAACAACAACAACAACAACAAGUAAAACCAGAAAAAAAAGAAGAGGAAGAAGAAGAGCUGCUGCAAUCUUUGGAAGAAAAUUUAGAAAAAGAGAAUAAAUUGGUAUUAGACGAGCGGACGGAUGAAAAAAUAGACUUAACAUCUAGUGCCAAUCAACCGUUUGAGCAAGAAGAAGUAACGUCAUUUGAAGAGUUUGCUGCAGAAGUUCAAGAAGACGUCCAAGACAAAACUAUUGCUCAGGAAAUCGAUGAAGAUCAAUCAACGGAAUCUCAAGAGUCUCCAAUUAAACAGAAAGUAGACGGAAUAUCUGAAGAACAAGUCAAUUUAGAUAAGGAGGACGCUACUCACGCUUUUGUUGUGAGAGAAGAAUAUCAAGAAACAAACGAGAGUGAAGCUGGUUCUGAAUCAAACACUGAAGUGGAAUCUGAAAAGGAAGGACCAGUUUGGAGUAAACGUUUUAGUAAAAUUGUUGUGUAUGCCAAUGAUGAAGUUUUAGAAAGUGAAGAUGUAAAUGAAGCUCUUGACGUAACAGCACAAUCAUAUAUUGAUGAAGAGGUUAAAGAAACUGCCAAAGAAGUGCUUAAAGAAGAGAAAGCUGACAGAUUAGACACAAUGAAGCAAAAAUUACUGGAGCUAAAUCAAAGAGAACGAGAAUUACAAGAAAGGGAGUUAGCAUUACAACAAGAAGAAGAGCAGAAGAGGUUGGAUGCAAUUGAUAACAAGGAGAAAGAGUUAAAUGAAAGAGAAAGAGCCUUAGAGAAUCGAGAAGAGCAGCAACUUUUAGAUGAGAUUGACAGAAGGGAAAAAGAUUUGCAACGUUUAGAGGAUCAUGUGAAACAGAAGGAGCUUCAGCUUGCUGAACAAGAAGGUAAAAGGUUAGCCAAAGAAAAGGAAAUGUUGGCAGAAGCUGAACAAAAACAGGCGAUGGAAGAGCUCCAAAGAAAACAGAAUGAACUACAAGCUCGACAAGAAGAAUAUGCUCAAAGAGAACUUGAAUUGAAGAAAGAAAAGUUAAAAGCGAUACAACAAGCAAACGAAAGAGAGGCUGAACGUAAAAAGCACGAAUUAAAAAGAAAAGAAAACGAACUGAAAUUAAAAGAGGAUGAAAUUCAGCGAAGUGAGUCAGCACUUUCUUUUAGAUUGCAGGAAGCUGAAUUACAAAAAACCGCUCUACAAGAAGAGGAAAGACGUCUCAAAGAAGAAGAGAAUUUGAAAUUGAAAGAGCUUGAACUUAGGGAAAGAGAAAUGGACUUGAAUAACAGAGAGAAAAAACUGAAUGAUCGAAUACAAGCCGAGGAGGAACAAAUGAUGAAGCAAAAGUUACAGUAUGAGCAGUGGAAACAAAAGGAUCUGGAAGAGCAAGAAGAAAGGCUCAGACAAGCUGAGCUAGAAAUAAAGUCAAAACUUGCCCAAGAAGAGGAAGAAAGAAAGAAUAAAUCUCAGGAUCAUGCAGCGGUAAAAGACGAGGAUAUAUCCAUCAAUAACAGCAAUGAAGAAACAGGCAUUGAAAUUACCCCAGUCACGUUCACGAAUCAAGAAGAAGUAUUUUUCCAAACAGAUUCAAUUUUACUGGCGGAAGAAGAACGUAAAAGAGACGAAAUUCUAAGACAAGAAGCAGAAGAAGGCAGAAAAAGUGCGGAAUUGGAUAGAAAAAUUGCAGAGGAUAAGCGGCAAGCUGCGGAAGAAAAGAGAAAAAUAGAAUUUGAAAAGACUUUAGCAGAUGCAGAAAGGAAACGCCUUAAAGCAGAGGAAGCAGAAAAAGAACGUCUUGCAGCAGAGGAAGCAGAAAGGGAACGUCUUUCAGCAGAGGAAGAAGAAAAAGAGCGUCUUGGAGCAGAGGAAGCAGAAAAAGAACGUCUUGCAACAGAGGAAACAGAAAGGGAACGUCUUUCAGCAGAGGAGACAGAAAGGACGCAUCUUGAAAACGAGAAAGCAGAAAAAGAACGUCUUGCUCGAGAGGAAGCAGAAAGGGAACGUCUUUCAGCAGAGGAAACAGAAAGGGAACGUCUUUCAGCAGAGGAAGAAGAAAAAAAGCGUCUUGCAGCAGAGGAAACAGAAAGGGAACGUCUUUUAGCAGAGGAGGCAGAAAGGAUGCAUCUUGAAAACGAGAAAGCAAAAAAAGAACGUCUUGCUGAAGAGGAAGCAGAAAGGGAACGUCUUUCAGCAGAGGAAGCAGAAAGGGAACGUCUUUCAGCAAAGGAAGAAGAAAAAGAGCGUCUUGCAGCAGAGAAAACAGAAAGGGAACGUCUUUUAGCAGAGGAGGCAGAAAGGACGCAUCUUGAAAACGAGAUAGCAGAAAAAGAACGUCUUGCUGAAGAAGAAGCAGAAAAAGAGCGUCUUGCAGCAGAGGAAAUUGAAAGGGAACGCCUUUCAGCAGAGGAAGCAGAAAAAGAGCGUCUUGGAGCAAAGGAAGAAGAAAAAGAACGUCUUGCAGCAGAGGAAAUAGAAAGGGAACGCCUUGGCGCAGAGGAAAUAGAAAGGGAACGCCUUGCAGCAGAGGAAACAGAAAGGGAGCGUCUUGCUGAAGAAGAAGCAGAAAAAGAACGUCUUUCAGCAGAAGAAGCAGAAAGAGAGCGUCUUGCAGCAGGGGAAACAGAAAGAGAACGUCUUGUAGUAGAGGAAGCAGAAAAAUCCACCAGUUCAGAGUUAAAUAAAACCGCCAUUGAUUUGGCAGAAAAAGUAAAACUAAUUUCUGAACAUGAGGUAUUCGAAGAAGAGCUCACUAAUGCGUCUGAGAAUGUUGCUAGAGCUGUUAGUGCGCAAUCUGAAAGAGACAUUUUCAGGGAAUACGAAUCAUCGAAGCAAAAGGCUGAAAAAGACAAACUAGAUGCAGAAAAGGCCGAAAGAGAGAGACGCGCCGCAGAGGAAGCUGAAAAAGAGAGAUUUGCCGCAGAAGAGGCUGAAAAAGAAAAACUCGCUGCAGAAGAAGCCGAGAAAGAAAGACUCGCUGCAGAAGAAGCCGAGAAAGAAAGACUCGCUGAAGAGGAGACCGAGAAAGAAAGACUCGCUGCAGUAGAAGCCGAUAAAGAAAGACUCGCUGCAGAAAAAGCUGAAAAAGAGAGAUUUGCCGCAGAAGAGGCUGAAAAAGAAAAACUCGCUGCAGAAGAAGCCGAGAAAGAAAGACUCGCUGCAGAGGAGGCUGAAAAAGAAAGACUCGCUGAAGAGGAGACCGAGAAAGAAAGACUCGCUGCAGUAGAAGCCGAUAAAGAAAGACUCGCUGCAGAAAAAGCUGAAAAAGAGAGAUUUGCCGCAGAAGAGGCUGAAAAAGAAAAACUCGCUGCAGAAGAAGCCGAGAAAGAAAGACUCGCUGCAGAGGAGGCUGAAAAAGAAAGGCUCGUUGCAGAAGAGGCUGAAAAAGAAAGAAUCGCUAAAGAGGAGGCCGAGAAAGAAAGACUCGCUGCAGUAGAAGCCGAGAAAGAAAUACUCGGUGCGGAAAAGGCUGAAAAAGAAAGAAUCGCUGUAGAGGAGGCUGAGAAAGAAAGAAUCGCUGCAGAAGAAGCUGAGAAAGAAAGACUCGCUGCAGAAGAGGCUGAAAAGGAAAGAAUCGCUGCAGAAGAGGCUGAAAAAGAAAGAAUCGCUGCGGAAAAGGCUGAGAAAGAACGAAUCGCUGUAGAGGAGGCUGAGAAAGAAAGAAUCGCUGCAGAAGAAGCUGAGAAAGAAAGAAUCGCUUCAGAAGAAGCCGAGAAAGAAAGACUCGCUGAAGAGGAAGCUGUGAGAGACAGACUCGCUGCAGAAGAGGGCGAGAAAAAAAGAAUCGCUACAGAAAAUGCUGAGAAAGAAAGACUCGCUGCAGAAGAAGCUGAAAAAGAAAUAGCCACAAUGCUAGAACAGGAAGACGAUGCGACAUCUAGUGUGUCAACAGAAAGCGAGUUAAGAACGCAGAGCGCAGCUCUUGUUUACGAUGUUACUGCUGCUUCUGAAAAAGAAAUAUUCAGAGAAUAUGUCGAUCUUCAUGAAAUGUCUGAAGAAAGAGACAUCGCGCGUUUAAUGGCUGGAGAACUAGCUCGAAGUAUCAGCAGACAAUCUGAGCACGAGGUAUAUGAAGAAGAGCUUGAAAACACGAGUUCAAACAUGGCGUAUCUGACUGUUGAUGAUGCGGAAAAGGAAAUCUUUGCAGAAUACGAAGAACUAUUAAAUCAAAAACAUAAAUCUGCGCAUGUGAAAGAAAAGGAAAUUAACGACAUUUCUGCCGAGGAAGUUGUUGAAAUUAUUGAAGAAAACAACAACGAGGAGAGUGAAGCAAAGCAGGAAGAAGAACAAGAAGAAGAAGUUGAUGAAGAUGAUGUUAGUGAUAUUGAUGAAUUAGUUUUGAACAACACUAUGGACGACUGCAAACCAACAUCUGUCGCAUUUGAAACAGUUAUGAUCAAAAGUACCGAGAUGGAGAACGAAAAAGCGUUAAAUGACAAAACGGAGGAGAGUAAUGAAACAAAACAAGCCGACAAAACGUUCGAAUCAGAGACAAGGUAUGAUGAGCAUGAGAAUGAAGUCGAAAAGAUAUUGCUAGAAGAGCAAACCAUCACAGAUCGCAAAAUGACACCGUUAGAAGAGGAACUUGAUAAAAAGGAGAAAGAGCAUGCAGCUGCACGAGCUGUUGAAGAAGCUCGAAUCAAACACGAGCGGGAAGAGUUACUGCUUCAACAAGAAGCAUUAAAGAACGAACGACUUAAGCUGGAAGUGGAGGCUGAAAAAGCAAGACUGCAACGUUUGCAAGAGAAACAGAAAGAAGAAGAACAACGACACUUAGAAGAAUUGGAAGAAAUCAAACAAAAAACUAAGGAACUCAAAGAGGAACAGCAAAAACGAAGAGAGGAAAUUGAAGCGCGGAAAGCAGCCGUUGAAAAGGCCAAAGCAGACAUCACUGUCAAAGUAGUUGCAGAUUUAAUGACGAGUGGUGUCAGCCGAGAUGUCAUAGAAGACGUUAUCGACGAUUUUGUGAACGAGUUGUUAGACGAUGCUGCUCAUGAUUUGUCGCGAGAAGCUGUGCAAAGUGCUGUUAAAGAGAUACGCGAAGAAACAACGAAAUCUCCUCCAGCUACUGCCGACUCAGCAAUUGUAGAUGAUAUGAAAUCUCUUAGUAGUUCGAAACUGGUGUCGUCAGAAGUAGCCUUGGAACGAAUUAAAAUACAUCGUGCCACACCCGAGGAAGAAAGCUUAUUUAGGAAUAUGAAGAAACAUAAAGCAACCAAAUUCGAUGUGGAGGAGAGCGAAGUCAGUCACUCCGUGGCUGAUGAAACUGAACUGAUUAUAGAACAACAUAACAUUGCAGCUCAAGAUGAAAAAAAAGGAAAGAAACUUUAUCAAGGUUUGGAUAUCAGUGUGAGAUCAACAGAGAACAACAAAUUACGAUUACAGUGGGACUGGACACCAAGUAUAUUAAACUCUGGCUUUAAAGUAUGGUACAGCGUUUUAGUACUGGGAACAAAAUUUGGACCCAACAUUAACAGUCAUAAAAGUUACAAGUUUCAUAACAGUCCCUUGCCUGAGGCUUGGCCGAUGACAAACCGUGACAAAAUGAAAGAAGUCUGUGUACAACAUUGCUGGGAUACAUAUGGAAAAGUGAUGGAUAUCAAAGGUUUGAAACCAAGAUAUACAUACAGAAUAUGUGUUCUUGGACGACGUGACAGAAGUGGACAACGAUUGACGUUUGGUCAUAUCCAAUUUACCAUGCCAGGAGCUCCGUCAAGACCAAAUUUGAAAGUUGACAGACUUGGUGAUAAAGAGGUUGCGUUGUCAUGGGAACCAGUCACGAGCUACGGCGACGCCUAUUUAUGUGGUUACCAGUUAUAUUAUAACGACAUACCCAGCGGUGACUUGUUUACACCUGACAUUCUGCAAGCAACUAUUUCUGAUCUUGAACCAGGUACAAGUAACAAAUUCACAUUAGUCGCCGUCACUAAGCAUACUGUUGGCAACAGCCGUCCGUCUCGAGCGAUUAAAGUCCGUUGUCCACAGCAACCACCUGUGAUUGACGAUGUGUAUCAGGUUGACACGAAUGAGAUUGGUGUCAUCUUAUUGACAUGGCAGGUACCUGUCAAUAACAGUCAGGACAUUGUGACGGCUGAAGAAGAUGAUGAGAACGUGGUUCGUCACUAUCAACCUGUAGUUAAUGAGGAAAAAAACGCAGACUCAGAUGACGACGACUUUGAUGAUGGUGAUGUAGAUACACCAAGAUCAGCUCGUGUAAUGGAAGCAUCAAAAAUCACCUGCUUCUUAACAACAGUGGAUGGAGAGCUGUAUGGCAGAUGCUCUCCUGAUGCUAAUGAGAAAGAUUACAUUGGCUACGAAAUUGGAAACUGUAGAAUAGGUCAAGAAUAUGCGAUCAGUAUACGUUCGUAUCACGAACCAGAAUCGUUUGAAAGUAACGAUCGUAGGGUAACAUGUGGAUGUUCUUCUGAAGAAUCUCCCACUAUCAAAUGCGCACCUGUUAGUCCACCCAAAGCACCCAAACCAUUGCUUAAAUCAGUUAGUGCGGAGGGAGUCAGUAUUAUUUGGGAACGCGCAAAAGAAUACGGCUCGGCUUUGCUAUCAGGUUAUCUUAUCCAAAUAAACAAGCAAAUUUACGGCGAACGAUUAGCUGCUAACUGUACUUCAACAUGUUUAUCAGAACUUACACCUGGUCUCGAUUAUAAAAUUAAUCUCAUUGCAUUAACAGAACACCCUGUCGGUAAACAGAGGCAAACAGAGGAAACUAUGCAAGAAACAGUGAGCGUGUAUGAUAGUAUAUACAACUCAGACGAUGAACUCUCUGUUGAAUCUUACGAUGAUGGCGUCAUAAUGCAGAAAAAUAAAUCCACUGGAUAUACGAAGACAAAAUCUGCAGACAGUGGGAGGAGAACUAUUUCCAGCCUCUCCGACGCAGAUGAUUUAAUGAACUUUAUGUCUACCGUGAAAACAAUGAGAAAUGCAAGCGAUCAACUGGAAAAAUAUCCGGCAUGCAAAUCUGGACCCAGUCUACUUGUCAAUUAUAAUAACUUAGUUGUUCCUCCAGAUCACGUGACUUUAGUGGACGUUCUUGGUACAUCAGCGCAACUAGCUUGGAAUUUUUCCGUCCCGAGAAAUAUCAAAAAUUCAAAGGGUAUGAUUCUAGUACGUCCAGAGGUAUUUAGCGUUCUGUAUUGGAAGAAUGGGGAGAGUAUUGUAACUGCAAAGAUAAAAGAAACAAAAGGAACAAGAAUGUUUUUAUCAGAUUUAAAACCAGGAACAGAUUAUGAUGUCGUCGUGGAAGCUAAAGCUCGCCAUCAAAACCAACGCGAUGCGUGGGACCCGCAUGAUCCUUUCUUAUGCAAAGAACAAGGUAAAACGAUCUCAUUCCGUACCGGACAUCCUCCGAUGGUUCCUACAGAGUUCAGUGUUAUUGGUGGCUCCACAAAGUCUUUGCGUUUGGCAUGGAACGAACCCAUUCAACGUGGUGUGAAAGUGAAUAAGUUUUUAGUGUCUGUUGCAGGGCCUGCUCAUAGUAUGGAAAAACUAAAUUUAACAAGUACGCAGGAUUCUACAAGCACCGCUAGUUUGAACAAUACACCGCGAAGUGGUCGACGUAGUAAAUCGAAGAGACACAUUGUUUCCAAUGGCAACAACUCGGUUCAAAUUAUACCUCGGGUUUACGAAGUGCCUGCUGAUACGGUUAUAUAUGAAGUAAAAAAUCUUGUUGAAAGAACAGAAUACGUAAUUACUUUACACAUGGUUACGUCGCAUUCAGAUUCCGAGAAGGUGAAGCAACUGUACGACUCUCCGUCGUUUGUGAACACUGUUGAAGACGAUAUAUGGACUCCCUAUGUGACAACCACAGGGAUAACAGCUGGUAUAGAUCCACCAGAAUGUCUACAUGUAACAAAAAGAGAUGUAAAUAACAUUUCUCUCGAAUGGAAAGCAGGUAAAGCGUACGGGAUGUAUUCCUUGUUAUAUAAUAUAAUACGCUGGAAUGAAAUCGAGGUUGAAGAAACAGAAAGCAUAUCAACACGAGACAAGCUUCCAAAACUCCAUGCCCAGACAUCAGGUGCUGUCCAAGUACAGGGUGAUGUUUCUGAAGUUACGAUAGCGAAUUUAUAUCCUGGUACUAACUUUGAGUUUCACGUUGAAGCGUGCUUCGGUACGGAUCAGAUUGAUCCUGAGCGCGAAAAUGUUAUUACGGAAAUCGCACUGACUGAUAAAGUGUCGGCUUGGACAUCUGCACCACCUGGUAAGCCAAGGCUGUUGCUGCGAAGUAUAAAUCAAGAUGAGUUUGAGUUAAGUUGGGAUCGACCUGUGUUGUUGGAUUUAGAUACUUCACAGAAAGUAAACAAGGAAGCUGCGAGUGCGAUACGAAGAUCAUUGUUAGGCUAUAGAAUGGAGAUAAAUUUUGAUGAGUGCGCGAUUCUAUCACCAUCAGUGACGUCAUAUACGUACAAAAAACCGAAACCUGGUCAAAGCUAUUCGUUUCUAUUAUCCGCUGUUACUUGCUCUGCGAAUACACUUAAAGAGCGUCGUACAAGGUGGCAAGAGCUGUUAGCUGGACCUCACUCAAAGAUUUUUGAACAGAAAGAUAUACCAGUUGAUUAUCCUGCUGAAGAUGUAGAUGAAACUCCAUCUGAGAUGAUAACAGUAAACACUCCACUUCGACAUGAGGUUAUUCAAUUUGAUUGGUUGUCUUGUAAAUACUCGAAGCGGGGAUCAAAAAGUUCUUCUGGAAAAGAGGCAAAAGGCUCGGAAGAUGAUGGACCAGGGACUAUAGUUGUCAGGUACAAGAUUACAGGUAAAGAGAUUGAAGUGGAUUCUUUAAAAAUUCACUGGACAUGUCACACUGAUGACAAUGAUGAUGACGAUGAAGAACAUUUCUCAGAUGAUUUGGAUUAUGAUUCGCGUGGAUAUGAAAUACACCAUCCAAAACCAAAAAGCGUGUAUGCAAUCCGCGUGGAAGCAAUUCUUGAAGAAUAUGGUUCACCAGUUACAAUAAGUUCUCCUACUGUUUACUGUCAGAUACCAGGAGCUCCUGAUGCACCUUCGAUAGCAUGUCGUCAAAUUACUAAGAAUGGAUUUACACUAGAAUGGAAUGAGCCGCAAACAUAUGGUGGGAAUGAAAUCGGUGGUUAUCAUGUCUGCGUGAAUGGUUCAAAGAUGGGUAAAACACUCCCAACCACGUGCAGGAGCUGUACUGUACCAUGCAGACCUGGAAGAACGUACAAAGUUCACAUGACUGCAUUGAGUUCCGACCCUGGGUUUAAUGAAUCAGAGAGAUCAAACGAGCUGUUGGUCAACACACAAUCCGAAAAUUAUCAAAAGUCUUCUAAAAAAUCCGAGAAGAAAGAUAAAGGGCUUUCUUUUCAUGUGAAUGUUGUCUCCACUUACGAUGAUGCAAUAGAAGUGGAAUGGCACCAACCUUUGUUUAAUGAUGGAGAUAUUGUGCACGCUUACGUCAUUCAAUGGAGCACAAUGCUGCAAUCGAAGCCUCAAUCAACCAAGCUACUUGGAUCACAACAAGAUUACGUCAUGAGUUAUCUGUCUAUCGGUACGACGUAUUUUGUAACUGUGACGGCGUACGAUGCUGACGGUGUUGUCAUAGCAAAAUCAAAUCAGUUAGAUGCACAAACAUCUGCGAACAUCGACACACCUGUACUUAGAGUUGGAUCAUGCUCUGCAACGAAAGUCGAGUUAGAAUGGUCAAAGCCUAAAACAUAUGGAGACGCGGAAAUCGACAAGUAUUUGCUGCGCUUGGAUGGAUGUGAUUAUGCUGACAUCAGCAAAGAUAGUAAAUCUUAUGUUUUCUCGUCGUCAGAAUCUGGAAAUACAUAUUGCUUUCAAUUGCAGGCUAUCAGCUCGAAGAUUGGUUAUAACAGUCAGUUUUCACAAGAACUACAUGUCACGUGUCCUGGUGCGACUGCUCCGGAACUUUACAGAAUCAAAACAACCGCUGCAAAUCGCAUUAAAGUUUGUUGGAAGCAACCUGCUUUGAAAGGAGGUGCUACUGUGAAAUCUUACUGGGUUUAUUACUGUUUAACAAAACCUGGUGUUUUUAAUAUUUCUCCCGAUGACAUCAUCAACGACCCUUCAGUGAUCGCUCACGGCCCGAUAGCAGCAAAUAAGGAAGAAGAUUGUUUAGAUGGAGUGAACCCAUAUGCGAUGUAUAACGUUCUGUUACAAGUUGACUUAAACCCUGAUGAUUGUGAAAGUAUUUACUCUCAACCCUUGAGAACGAAAGCAGCAAUGCCUCCCAACCCUCCACGUAUCAGCGCAGAAAUCGUCGGUAUGGAGGAGAGAGUGCAACUGGAAGAACAUUUAUAUCAUUUAACAUCGAGAAGAGACAGGUUGUCUCGAGAGAUCAACAUUCUUCGUGGUCUAGUUGUCAUCAAACAUUUGUCUGAUAGAGACGAAGAGAUUUCUCGAUUAUCCAAAUCGAUUGCAAAAAUCGACAACAAAAUGAUUGAAGUGCUCAGAGAAAUAAAAAAAUACACAGGGACAGUGAUGGCGAUUCUGCGGUGGAAUUUUCCUGGCCAUGAUGGCGAUGCUGUUGCUACUGGUUACCAAAUAUAUGUUAAUCAACGUCAAUAUGGUGGCGAUUUAUCUGUGCAUACCACUAAUGCACUAGUUGAGCUACCUUGUGAUAUGCGACCUCACGUGGUUACUGUUGUCACGACAACCAAUCAUCCUGUAGGAAGUAGCAACGAUUCCAAUGUGAUAAAGAUCUCCACGGAGGAGUUCUUUCCAUUCUCAUUUUUCUGUUACUUUGAUACGCAUGUCAGAGGUGCAAGAUUCCCCGCAACUGGUUGUUGCAAUUACGAAGAAAGUUUACAAGUUGAAAUGAGUCGAAAACAUGACAAACCCGGUAAUGCGAUUCCCUAUAGAGGAUUACUGGAUAAAAAGAUACCUCCACCGUGUGCAGAAGGUUUGGAAAUAAGAAGUGGGGAGUGGAAACCCAUUGUUGAGAAAACUGGAAAGCCAACUUUUAUUUUGUUUUGGACGAAAUGGUGUCGUGCGUCUAUUCGCUUGAUGAAGUUCUUGACGCAAUAUGCUGAAGAUAACCCGCAAGAUUUCGCUUUUGUUUCCUGUUGCACACACAGUGGAGAGUCUUCAAAAAUACAUUUACACAAACUUACUGAAACAUUUCAACAAUAUGGUUGGUCGGAGUUAGCAUCUGUCCGACAUCUAUGUACAUGUCAACAGAAUGUUGACAAUCAGUUGAUACGACGCCGUCUGUCUGUGAAUACAUUCGCUUUAAGUUCCACGGCGGAGUUGUAUGGUGUGGUUGGUGUGCCGUCAAUUGUCAUUGUUAACGCAGAAGGUUAUGUUUCUUGGCAAGGAAGGUUAUGUGCGUUGAGUUAUAAUUCAUUCUCGCAAUCCGUCCGUCAUAUUAUGAGUCAGGUGUCACGCAUUCCGUGCGAUGUGCACGAUUGUACGAUGUGUACCGCUGAGUCUCAUCAAGAUUUCAAUCACGUCGAAUACAAUCAAGCUGACUUCAGUAGUAAUAAAAGCACACCACGGUCUUCUGUGAAACGAAAUUUCUUUCCUGGAUUAAGCACAUCGUCAAGAUCUAAAAAAGAUAUUAAAAAGAAAUUGCGCGCAAAUCCGAAUUCUUCAGCGUCUACUGGCUAUUCCCCAAGAAUUCUUGCAUACUCGAAAAAACCCACUUAUCCCCACUCGAAAUCUGCCUCGCCAAGUUUUGAUAACCCAUAUGAGGAAGUGUUUAUUCAAGAAAUUCUGACGCCGCGCCAAAAUAAAAGAAAUAAUUCGAUAUUUCCGAACAUAGAGGAAACUCCGACAAAAACACGUCGAAUUCGUAUAAGCGCUGGCCCAAAAUCAAGUCAAAGAACUAUUUCAGCACCUUCGGUGGAAAACAAGAAUUUAAAAAAAGUAUAUGCCAAAUAAAGCUUAUUUUAAAUUAUAUACAUAUUUUUUUUAAAUGUAAAUAAAUAUAGAAGUAUCUUUUUAAACAGAUAAAAAUCGUGUUAAAAAUGUCAGAAAAAAGUUUCUAACGAGAAUAACCCAAGAUUUCGAAUUCUUAUCAUGGAUUUCUCAACGAAGGUCACUAUUUCUUCAUAGUUUACUCAACAGAGGUCGAAAAAUUUGUAAACACAUACAUACGACUGUUUAUUAUUUAAGGUAAAAAAGUUAUUAUGUUGUAAAUAUUUAAGUAAAUAUAUGUUUGGGUUUUUCUAUUUUUACAAAUUAGUUGUAUAUAUACGUAAUCGUUAUGUUCCAUUUUUUGUAAAUCAUUGGUUGAAAGACUUACGCUAAAUAUUGUAUAGCUUACGUAUGCAGAAUAAUAUUAAUAUAUUAAAUCUGGUA